AUGGCGUCCAUGAUACGCAUCGCGCCCAUCACGCGUCCAAUCAUCGCGAGGGUAUUCGGCCCCGGCGCGGCGCGCGAUCCCUUCGAGGAACCGCCGAUGCCCCACUUCGCCGACCCGGCCGAGGACCUCGAGUCGACUCUCCCUUCCGAAGUCGACCUCCCGCGCGAACGCUACACGCGCGUCGCCGCCGACGACGACGCGAACGUCUUUUUUAACCAGGUGGUCGCUCGGCCGAAGCCGCCCGUCGAGCCACCCGCGACGCGCGAGAGGCUCGUCGAGGUCGAGACCGCCGCGGAAGAGGCCCGACUCCUGGCGCAGCGCGCGGCGGCGGACCUGUACGACGCCGCCGCGCAGGUGGAGCUCGCGCGAGCGCCCCUCGCGGAUGCGACGAACAUCCAACGCGAAUGCGCCGACGACCUCGAAGCUGCGGCGCAGCGACUGUCGCACGCUCAGGUGGAGAACGAGAGGCUGGUGAAGACGACGGGCACCAACUCUUCCACCGCGUGGGAUGCGCGCCGGGACGAGGCGGACGCCGUCGCGGCGACGGACGCCAAGAUGGAAGCCGGCGCGCGCAUGCGCCGCGCGUCCGAGACUGUCAAAAAGGCGGAGGAGUUUGUCGUGGAGUCCACGGUAAACCUCGAGCGCCAACGCGCGGCGGACGAGGCGGCCGUCCAGGCGUCGUUCGACGCCAUCGACGUCGCGAACGAGCUCGCCGCGUCCAUGGACGCCGUCGACCAGGCGCUGAUGGAGGCGGACUCGAGGCACAAAGACGCCGUUCGCAUGACGCUAGAGUGCAACGAGGAACUCCGAACGUCCAGGGACGCUAAAGACGCCGACGGCGUCGCCGAGGCGUCAUCCGCUCUCGCCGCGUGGCAGCGCGAGCUGGACCUCUCGAAGAAUGCGCUCGAUCGCGCCAGGAAGGCGCAGGCGGACCUCCUGGAGCGCACCGAAGGGGCCGUCGCCGCCGCGGAAGCCGCCGAAGAGGCGAAAGCGGAGGCGAGCCAAAGGGCCAAGGGCGCCGAGGUCAAGCUCGCCGCCGCGCGCGAGCUACUCGGCAAGGCGCGCCAAAACUUCCGCGAGGCGAUGGCCGCGGCGUCCGCGAAGAAGACGGAGGUUCGCGUCGUCGAGGAGCGCCGCGAGACCGCCGUGGAGACCAAGAUUCGCGUGCAAGCGGCGGUGAUCACCGCGCGGUCGGCGUUUGAGCACGCGCUGACCCGCAAGUUGUGGGCGGAUGACCGCCUGGAUAAGGAGUCCAACAGGGCCGAGAUGCUGGCGCUCAAGCGCGACAUGGCGCAGUCGAUAUCCCAGCAGUCUGAGCAGCGCGCCAAGGCGCUGAAGAAGGAGGCUUUGGCUUACGCCAAGCGGGUGCUCGAGGUUGAGGCGGCUCGGGAGGCUGAGGCGGAGGAGGAGGCUCGAUUGGCUCGAGAGCAAGCCGCCGCCGUCGCCAAGGAGAGCGAGGAGCGGGCGAAAGCGCGCCGCGAGGAGGCUUGGGAGCUCGUCGCGAGACUCGCGGAGGCUGAGGCUGCCGCGGAGGAGGCUGCGAGCCGCGAGUUUGAGGCGAGGAAAACCGCAAAGGUUGCCAAGGACGAACUCGCCAGCAUCGCCGAAUUUGAACCCGUCACUUCGGCGUCCAAACGAGAGGAGGCCAAACGCCUCGCCGAGCAGCUCGCGUACGCCGAGGCGGUCGCCGAGGCCGAGCGACUCGUAGAGGAGGAGCGCGUGCGAAUACUGCAGAUGCAGGAGGCGGCCAAGCAGAACAGGGCGAGGACGGUGGGCGAGGCCAGGCGCCUCGUGUCCGAGCAGUACGGAGUCGCGACGCUGGCAAACAACGCCAAGGCGUUCAAGGCGAGCGCGAAGGAGGCUUCCCCCAGCUGGCUGCUGUGGGAGUGA